AUGUGGGGGCACGUGGGGACACGAGGGGGCCCCAGCUCCGUGAGCCUGGGGAUCUCCCUGCCCGGCUUCGAGCACGUCUACGGGCUGCCCGAGCACGCCGAGAGCCUGCGCCUGCGCCCCACCGAGGCCGGCGACCCCUACCGCCUGUACAACCUGGACGUGUUCCAGUACGAGCUGUACAACCCCAUGGCGCUGUACGGCUCCGUGCCGCUGCUGCUGGCGCACCGCGCGCGCCGCACGCUGGGCGUCUUCUGGCUCAACGCCGCCGAGACCUGGGUGGACAUCGGCUCCAACACGGCCGGGAAGACGCUGCUCGGGAAGGUCCUGGACUACGUGCAGGGCGGCGGGGAGGCGCCGCAGACCGACGUGCGCUGGAUGUCGGAGAGCGGCGUCAUCGACGCCUUCCUGCUGCUGGGACCCACGCCGGGCGCCGUGGCCGAGCAGUACGGAGCGCUCACCG